GCACAUUAAUAUUAUUCUCAAGCAAUGAGAUUUCCCACGCAAGAUGACUGGGUCUGAGUCUCUCCAGAGCUUUUAUAGUGCUAGCCAUCUCUCCUGAUUUGUGCCCUUCCGUGCCCAGGAGACGAAAUUAGACUAUCGGCGAUGGAUCCCAACGGCAUUUUCGCCCGCAACUACGAUGAAUCCCUGAUCCGCGAACUUCCUCACCUCCGGAUUGCUCCUCUCCGCGAGCCGGUCUCAUCCCGCAACCUCAGGAUCCCUUUGACCCUUGAGCCGAGCGCCAGUGGAAGCCGGGACUCAAGCACUAUAUCGAAAGCUGGCGGAUCCGCGGCGGGGAUUCUUUCUCCCCGCAACAAUGAACCCAACGGCAUAGCAAUAGAGGCCAGCAUCGCGAAUACAGCUCGUCUAUUAGCGAAGAAUGAGCUUUCCACCUCGGAAUUGCUCGUAGAGCCUCAGCCCCCUCCGCGGCCGAUAUUACCGGCAUUUGUUAACCUCCGUGCUCUCGAGCGGUUCCCUUAUUCUUCGUUUGAUGAUGACAACCAUCAGACUCGUAAACGGCGACGUCUAGGAGCUGGUACUGAGAUUGAUGUCCAGCCUGAUUCCUUCGGAGAGCUCCUGCAGUUGCCGAUGCCACAGGCGCAGAAAGAACAAAGGCCUCCGCCAUUUGGACCGUUUGCUAUCCUUAACGGAUUGAACGAGCCUCCGCCCAAUGCUGCCUUGCUUCCGCCUAUUGAGGCGGGCUCGAUUACGCAGCUACUCACCAAACCAUCGCGAGACCAUAUCGACGUAGAGCCAGAGCCAGACCAAGUGGUAACAGCUGCGAGCUUAACUCCCGAUGUUCAGAAUGGUGAAAGGAUUGAGGGAAGGAUUGCGGAUAUCUUGGAUUCUCCUAUUGCUGAGAAGCCUGAUCUUCGUGAUGCUGUCGUCAACAAUGACGAGGUUGAUAAGACACAGCCGGAAAAGGAGCCAAGUCAUGCGAAAGAAUCACAACCCACUCAGGAGACGGACUUGCCGCCUUCGCCCAAGACAAGAGGGCGUUCACGGAAAAACCUCCGGAAAUGGACUGAUGAAGAAACCGUUGCCUUACUGCGUGGCGUUAUGAAGUGCGGUAUCGGGAAUUGGAAAGAAGUCCUCGCGCAGGAUGAGUCGAGCUUCAACAGGCGCACCGCGUCGAACUUGAAAGAUAGAUUCCGCGUCUGCUGCCCCUCCGCCUAUCGUGCCUCGGAUCCCAAUGAAGCCAUACAGCACCUGCGUGAAGCUCUCGCCAAAACGCUAGCACGGAUCGAAGGCGACGCUUCGGCAACUCCAAGUCUCACUCACAGCGGAUCGUCAUCCAGCUUUUCUUCGCUGGACACAAGCCAAAAUACCCCGGAACACCACUCUCAAAGCGAUUCGAUGCCGGAAACUAACCAAACACUACCCAAUAAGUUCGAGCCUGCAACAGGGAGUCUCUCUGUUAUAUCAGAGCCUUACACCCCGGCAAAAGCCAGGCGUCGUUCUCGGCGUCCCUUCACGGCGGCAGAGGAUGAAGCCUUGCUAAAAGGAUACGCCGUCCACGGGUUCCAGUGGACACUCAUCCAGCAAGACAAGAAGCUUAAUCUCGGCCAUCGAAGAGCGACUGAUCUGCGUGAUCGAUUUAGGACCAAGUUUCCCCAUGCUUACCGUGAAGGGGGCGCGAUUCGGGAUAGCACGCUGCAGGCUCAAAUGGCGAAAGACACAAUUGUGAAGGACGGAACCAUCCCGGCAGUGAGAAACAGACAGGGCCCUCAGGAUAGCAAACCCGCCUCCACCAGCGAUCGUUCCGGCAAGCCCAUUAGUCUCAAUGGUGUGGGGACAGUAGAUCCUGUUCUUCCUUCGCUGGCACUUCCUCCGGUAACACGAGAAAUUUCGACAGGUGUUCCACUCUCAGGGCUCUCCUUUCUGCUGGAAGAGGGUUCCACAAAUGAGGACAGCGUAGACCUUCCACCGCUGAUUUGGGAUGACCUUCCUUAA